AUGUGGUUGAAUGGGAUAUCGGCAGUACAUUUUUCUCAUAAUCCGCUUGCAGACAGCACCCCGUUGCCGUCAGCAUUAACAGCAGGUGUGCGCGGAGGUCAACUUCCUCUCUUCAAAUUCAAAAAUCGUCAUGAAACUGUCAACUGGAGACGAAUUAAUGCCAUUGAUGUGGACAGAGUGGCCAACGAAUUGGAUUUUGUCACUUUGCAGGAAAAUAUAAUGAAUAUCACCUUUUGCAACAUGGAUGCUGAAAAAUGCCCUUAUUGCCAAAACCAGCUAGAUCCCACCCUACUGAAAAUAUUCAGAUUAGCACAGUUUACCAUCGAGUAUCUUCUUCAUUCUCAGGACUACCUUACAUCUAAUUUGCAGAUGUUUGAAGAAAAAUUGCAAGCAUCAGAAUUUGGAAAAGAGCAAAUUAAAAAGGAGCUUAGCAAAUUGGCUGAUGAGAUGAAGUCUCAGAAAGACGAAUGUAAACGCAGGAAGCAGAUAAUUUCUACUCAACAGAUGAUGAUCCAGUCCGGUGCUAAUAAUUAUUAUAAGUGCCAAUAUUGUGACAAAAGUUUUAUGAACAGUUUUUUUAUGCAAAGUCACAUUCAGCGUCGGCACCCAAACCAUACUAAUGUUGAAAAGCAGAAGAGGAAUCAAUCUGACAAAAUCCAAGAAGAAAUAGAUCAACUGAAAAAACAAUUGCAACAUACUCAGUCCCAGCUGGAAGCUGAGAAACAGCUAUACUUUAAAACACAUUCUCAGGAAAUUGAAAAUAGAAUAAUGAAAGAAGAAGAAACAACAAAAAGCUUUGAAAGAUGGAAGGAGGAAGAAAAAAAGAAGCUGAACUAUGAGAUGGAGAAAAUGAAAGAAAUGUUUGUUGAAGAGUUUAAAGAAAUGACUGAAAAGAAUGCUGCAUUGGAAACAGAGCUUCUGCAGAUAAAGAGUACAAGUUUGCAGCUUCAAUCUAGCCUUGGAACUUUGAAAGAUGAACAUGAAUAUGGCAUUCAGGAAGAAAGCCGGCGAUACCAACAGGAAGUGAAGGAUCUUAAGGCUAUUUUAGAAAAACAGGAACAUAAGUGGACUUCAGAACUAAAUAGUCUUUUCGAAAGACAUGACCAUGAGAAACAUAAGCUCCAGCUCGAAAUAGAAAGUUUGAUGUCAUCGGUUACAAAAAAUCAGAAUGCAAGCUCCUGCUACUACAAGAAAAAAAUUAAAGAACUAGGUCGAAAACUACACAAUCAGCAUCAACUGAUAAUUCAACAGAAGGAAGAGCUGAAAGCAUGUCCUAUCAAAUCACCAAAGAAGAUAUUGGAGCCUUCAUCAGUUUCAUCAACACUUCCACGACGAAAGUCAUUACAUAUAGAACAACCAGUGGCAACAUGUAAACUGGAACCUAUAAAGGAACUUUGUGAGGAAAAUGAAGGACCUUUGCAGAGUAAACAGCUUCCCCUUCCCACAUAGGGACGAACAGUCCUUUGAGAACCUCAUCAAUCCCAAGGAUGCACCAUCAGAUGUGACAUAUUUUGCAGAGACCAGCUUAGCUACCAGCACAUUGAGUAGGCAUGUUAAUCAGGUAGAUGGACCUGCACCUGAUGAUUCUCCCAACACAAACGAUCAAGAACUGAUAGUGGUAGCUAGGACGACUUGGGAGAGUACAUGUCAGUGGAUGUCAUUCUCUACAAGCUCUAAU